CACUUGUGGAGAAAUCAAACCCACUAUGAUGGGUGCAGGACUUGAGAAUCUUGGGAACACCUGUUUUCUCAAUGCAAUCCUUCAGUGUUUCACCCACACUGUUCCUCUCGUCCUCGGCCUUCGUUGCUGGAAACAUGCAAAUCAGUGCGAUCGUGAUACUAAGGGCUUCUGUGUUCUAUGUUCUCUUCGUGACCACAUCGAGCUCUCUUUGAUGUCAUCCGGUGGGGUUAUCUCACCUUUGAAUUUUGUGGAGAAUUUAAGCUAUAUAUCAUCUUCAUUCAUGAGAUUUCAGCAGGAAGAUGCCCAUGAAUUCCUGCAAUGUUUGUUGGAUAGACUCGACACCUGCUGUUUAGAUCCAAAUCCACCGACCAAGACUUUGUAUCUACAAGAGAAUAGUCUUGUGAAGCAGAUUUUUGGUGGUCAUCUCAGAAGCCAGCUUCGGUGUUGCAACUGUGGUCGCUGUUCAGAUACUUUUGAGCCCUUAAUUGACCUGAGCUUGGAGAUUGAAGAUGCAGAUUCUCUGGCCUGUGCAUUGCAGUCCUUCACCAAGGUUGAAAAGAUUGAUCCCGAGACAAGGUUCACCUGUGAGAACUGUAAGCAACAAGUGUCAGUUGAGAAGCAGUUUACACUACACCGGGCCCCUACUGUUGCUGCUUUUCAUUUGAAGAGAUUCAAGAGUGAUGGCUCCAAUGUUGAGAAAAUUGACAAGCACGUUGCUUACCCAUUGGAGUUGGACUUGCAGCCAUAUACCAGCAGCGACCUUGAUAACAAUGUGGAACUGAAGUAUGAACUAUAUGCGGUUGUGGUGCAUAAUGGGAUUUCACCUUGGUCUGGGCAUUAUUUUUGCUAUAUUCGUUCCUCCCCAGGCACAUGGCAUAGGUUGGAUGACUCAAAGGUAAUUGGAGUUGGAGAACAGUUUGUGCUUUAUCAGAAUGCAUAUAUUCUAUUUUAUGCAAAGCAGGGUUUGCCGUGGUUUUCAACCUUAAUGGAAACAGAAAAUAAAUUUUUGGAUGCAAGCAGUGACACUACUUCCCCAAAGUCUGUUCUUGAUAAUGUGGAUAGAAUGUGUGCUACAUUUCCUCUUAAAGCAAGUGCAUCCAUUGUUGAGGAUGCAGGUAAACUGGGUGCAGAGAGAAUCAACUCUGGAUGGUCCAUGAAAGUUGAUGAAUCAGGAAAUGCUGACCAGAUUGAUGAAGGUAGAAUUUAUGCUCCAAUACCAGUUACUGCAUUUCCUACAGAAGCAAGUAAUUGCAAUGAUAAGGUUGAUAAACUUAGAUCUGAUGCACAAAGAAUGGGGAUUACAUGUCUGAAAGCAAGUAAUUGCAGUCAUGAGGUUCAUAAAAGCAGAAAUGAUGUUGUUUUACCUCAAACACCACCGAGAACUCCGAGCCCAGAUAUUUAUUCUGAAGAAUCUCCAGAAUUUUAUAGUAUUCCGCGGGACCAUUUGAGAAUUAAGAAUGUGGCUAAAAGAGCAUCUAGCAGCAAAGCCCUGGAGGACUUGAAGAAAAAGGAAGCAUGCAAACUUACAAGGAGCAUGCCUAACUCACGGAAGAAUCAAUUACUAAAAGCAGUAUUGGGUUCUCACAGUGAAGGCUCUUUGACCAGGAAGAAGAGGCGGAGAAUGUCAGAUUCGAGUAAUGCUUGUGGGAAGCUCAGCCCUGGUUCUCUUAUGAGUACUGUGUCAUCAGCAGAACUUUACUAAAUGGAAGGGGUCUCAGAAAUAAACAAUGGCAUCCAAUUUUGGCAAUUUUGGACCCAACCUGAUA